AUGGUCACUCACAUCAACGAAUGUACAGACGGAAGUGCCACUUGUCACAACGAUGCAGACUGUACUAAUACUGUUGGAUCCUACAACUGUUCGUGUAAGACAGGAUACUCAGGAGAUGGAAGGAACUGUACAGAUAUCAACGAAUGUACAGACGGGAAUCACACUUGUCAUCAGGAUGCAGACUGCACUAAUACUGUUGGAUCCUACAACUGUUCUUGUAAGACAGGAUACUCAGGAGAUGGAAGGAACUGUACAGACAUCAACGAAUGUACAGACGGAAGUGCCACUUGUCACAACGAUGCAGACUGCACUAAUACUGUUGGAUCCUACAACUGUUCGUGUAAGACAGGAUACUCGGGAGAUGGAAGGAACUGUACAGACAUCAACGAAUGUACAGACGGAAGUGCCACUUGUCACAACGAUGCAGACUGUACUAAUACUGUUGGAUCCUACAACUGUUCGUGUAAGACAGGAUACUCAGGAGAUGGAAGGAACUGUACAGAUAUCAACGAAUGUACAGACGGGAAUCACACUUGUCAUCAGGAUGCAGACUGCACUAAUACUGUUGGAUCCUACAACUGUUCUUGUAAGACAGGAUACUCAGGAGAUGGAAGGAACUGUACAGACAUCAACGAAUGUACAGACGGAAGUGCCACUUGUCACAACGAUGCAGACUGCACUAAUACUGUUGGAUCCUACAACUGUUCGUGUAAGACAGGAUACUCGGGAGAUGGAAGGAACUGUACAGACAUCAACGAAUGUACAGACGGAAGUGCCACUUGUCACAACGAUGCAGACUGUACUAAUACUGUUGGAUCCUACAACUGUUCGUGUAAGACAGGAUACUCAGGAGAUGGAAGGAACUGUACAGAUAUCAACGAAUGUACAGACGGGAAUCACACUUGUCAUCAGGAUGCAGACUGCACUAAUACUGUUGGAUCCUACAACUGUUCUUGUAAGACAGGAUACUCAGGAGAUGGAAGGAACUGUACAGACAUCAACGAAUGUACAGACGGAAGUGCCACUUGUCACAACGAUGCAGACUGCACUAAUACUGUUGGAUCCUACAACUGUUCGUGUAAGACAGGAUACUCGGGAGAUGGAAGGAACUGUACAGACAUCAACGAAUGUACAGACGGGAGUGCCACUUGUCAUCAGGAUGCAGACUGCACUAAUACUGUUGGAUCCUACAACUGUUCUUGUAAGACAGGAUACUCGGGAGAUGGAAGGAACUGUACAGACAUCAACGAAUGUACAGACGGGAGUGCCACUUGUCACAACGAUGCAGACUGUACUAAUACUGUUGGAUCCUACAACUGUUCGUGUAAGACAGGAUACUCGGGAGAUGGAAGGAACUGUACAGAUAUCAACGAAUGUACAGACGGGAAUCACACUUGUCAUCAGGAUGCAGACUGCACUAAUACUGUUGGAUCCUACAACUGUUCUUGUAAGACAGGAUACUCAGGAGAUGGAAGGAACUGUACAGACAUCAACGAAUGUACAGACGGAAGUGCCACUUGUCACAACGAUGCAGACUGCACUAAUACUGUUGGAUCCUACAACUGUUCGUGUAAGACAGGAUACUCGGGAGAUGGAAGGAACUGUACAGACAUCAACGAAUGUACAGACGGAAGUGCCACUUGUCACAACGAUGCAGACUGUACUAAUACUGUUGGAUCCUACAACUGUUCGUGUAAGACAGGAUACUCGGGAGAUGGAAGGAACUGUACAGACAUCAACGAAUGUACUGAUGGUAGUGCCACAUGUCACCAGGAUGCAGACUGCACUAAUACUAUCGGAUCCUACAACUGUUCUUGUAAAACUGGCUACUCUGGAGAUGGACGCAAUUGUACAGAUGUUGACAAGUGUUCGACAGGAACAGACGACUGUGAUACAAACGCCGAAUGUUUUAAUAUCCCGGGGUCGUUUGCAUGUUCGUGUAGGGCUGGGUACAGAGGAGAUGGGAAAACAUGUAGCGACAUUGACGAAUGUACAGACGGGAGUGCCACUUGUCAUCAGGAUGCAGACUGCACUAAUACUGUUGGAUCCUACAACUGUUCUUGUAAGACUGGCUACUCAGGAGAUGGCAAGACCACGUGCACAGACAUUGACGAAUGUACAGACGGGAGUGCCACUUGUCAUCAGGAUGCAGACUGCACUAAUACGGUUGGAUCCUACAACUGUUCUUGUAAGCCUGGCUACUCAGGAGAUGGCAAGACCACGUGCACAGCUGUCAAUGCAUGUGUGGCGGGCUCCAACGACUGUGAUGCGAAUGCCGACUGCAACAAAACUGCUGAUUCGUACAUUUGUACCUGCAGAAACGGAUUCUCUGGAAAUGGAAAAUCAUGUACAGAUAUUAAUGAAUGUACUGCUGGAACACAUAACUGCCACCUCCAGCGUGCGAGCUGCACCAAUCUAGAAGGAUCCUAUUUGUGUAUUUGCUUUGAUGGUUAUUCUGGAGAUGGAAGAACAUGUUUAGAUGUCAACGAGUGUACGGGUACAAACCAGUGUGACACGAAUGCAGAUUGCACGGACACUAUUGGAUCAUAUUCAUGUAGAUGCAGAACUGGUUUCGUGGGAAAUGGCAGACAAUGCACAGAUGUUAACGAAUGUAGUUCUGGCCAACCCACUUGCAAUGUGAACGCUGACUGUACCAACACACCUGGCAGCUAUAGUUGCUCGUGUAAGCAGGGAUAUACUGGGGAUGGUUUCACCUGCGUUAUAUCAGAUGUUGACGAGUGUGCUCUUGGAACCUACACCUGUGAUGUGAAUGCUGAUUGUGUAAACACCGCCACCUUAUAUAGAUGUGAAUGCAAAUCUGGAUACUCUGGCAGUGGAAAAACAUGUUCAGAUAACAAUGAAUGCAAUUUGGGAACACACGCUUGCGACAGCAAUGCCUUUUGUACAAAUACUGUAGGAUCAUAUUCUUGCUCAUGCAAGCCUGGUUUUGUCGGAACGGGGUAUUACUGCUCAGAUAUCAAUGAAUGCACGGGACUCAACAACAACUGUGACGUGAAUGCCUUCUGCACCAACACGUUUAGUUCAUAUACGUGCACCUGUAAAACGGGUUUCACUGGGAAUGGAAUCUCCUGUUUAGACAAUAACGAAUGUGCUUCUGGACAAGGCUUGUGUCAUGUGAAUGCUGACUGCGUCAACGAGAAAGGCACAUAUACAUGUGUGUGCAAAGCUGGUUACAAUGGCGAUGGCCUCACCUGUACAGAUAUUGACGAGUGUGCUCUACAAACCGACAGGUGUCACAGCGCCGCUCGCUGUACAAACACACCUGGAUCUCACACCUGCACCUGUCUGGCGGGGUACAGUGGAAACGGAGUUACCUGUUCCGAUAUCAACGAGUGUACUCAAGGAACUCAAGCUUGUGAUAAAAAUGCAGACUGUAGUAAUACACAGGGGUCGUAUAAGUGUACGUGUAGACCAGGUUACAUUGGCAGUGGGUUUAGCUGUGCAGAAAUUAACGAGUGCAGUUCAGGAAUACACAGCUGUGAUGCCAAUGCUUUCUGUACAAACACCAAGAAUUCCUACACAUGUACCUGCAAGUCUGGCUUCACAGGCGAUGGGCGCAGCUGUCAAGAUAUCAACGAGUGUACUAAAGGAACUCAUACAUGUGACGUCAAUGCAAACUGUAGUAAUGCCCAGGGGUCGUACAGGUGCACGUGCAGACCAGGCUAUGGUGGCACUGGACUCAGUUGUACAGAUACUGACGAGUGUGCUGUGGGAUCUCACGGGUGUGAUGUUAACGCGGUGUGUAGAAACACAGUAGGCUCCUACACCUGUACCUGCAAGCCGGGAUUCACACCAGUCGGUCGAACGUGUCAAGAUAUUAACGAGUGUGUGUCAGGGACACACAGGUGUGAUGUUAACGCUGUCUGUACAAACAAUGGAGGGUCGUACUCGUGUACCUGCAAGGUUGGCUUCACUGGAGAUGGUCACACCUGUCAAGCGAUGGAUAGGUGUGCUACUGGAACACACGGCUGUCACCAAUUUGCAACCUGCGUUACGACUCCGGGUUCGUUCAGGUGUGUCUGCAAUGAUGAAUUCACUGGCGACGGUGUAACCUGCAGUGAUAAGAACGAGUGCACGCUGGGAACAGCGCAGUGUAGCGACAAAGCCGACUGUGUUAACUCAGUUGGGUCGUAUUAUUGCGACUGUAGGAGUGGUUACCAGGGGAACGGAUUCCAGUGUACAGAUAAAAACGAGUGUGUUCUAGGAACACACACCUGUGCAAGUGAUACACAGUGUGUGAAUACAAUAGGCUCCUACAGGUGUGCCUGUGCUGAUGGUUACAUUCAUGAUGGAAUAUCAUGUAAAGAUAUAAACGAGUGCACUCUGGGAACUGACCGAUGCAGUCGACACGCAGUCUGCUCCAACACUGUUGGUUCCCACACGUGUCAGUGCAACACUGGCUUCUCUGGUGAUGGUGUUAUUUGUGCAGAUAUUAACGAGUGUGACGUUGGAACCCAUGCAUGUCACGCUAAGGCUACGUGUAUUAAUAUGCUGGGGACAUAUGACUGUAUUUGUAAAACUGGUUUCAGAGGCAAUGGGAGAUUUUGCUCAGAUAUUGAUGAAUGUGCGGAUGUAACGCUUGGAUGUCCUGCUAGCCUCAACUGCACUAACCUGGUCGGCUCAUUCACCUGCGACUGUCAACUCGGCUACUCGUGGAAUGGAACCAACUGCACGGAUACGGACGAGUGUUCAGCUGGCGUGCACGGAUGCCACUCCAAUGCUGAGUGUAUCAACACACGCGGGUCUUUCAAGUGUACCUGCCGCGUUGGCUUCACAGGAGAUGGGUUUGCUUGUGCAGCUCUGCCAGCGUCAAAUAGACCGUCUGAAUUUAAUGAAUUAGGUGGCCUAAUUGGUGGAGUGGUAGCCGCUGUGUUGAUUAUUACUAUCAUCAUCAUUGCGAUUUUCUCUUUGACACGGCAUGAAAUAAAUGUACAGAAACGGAAGAAAGAAAUGAGGGAUGAGAUUGAGAAUUCCAGUGGAACUAUAGACUACUUCAAAGUUGCUCCUCAUUAACAGCAUCAUGCUAGAAAUAGUUAGCUGAUGACUCUUUGCUCACCAUUGAUUGUAUGAUUUUGAGCCUAAGUGAAUGUCAUCACACUGCCAACACAUGUGAUAUGUUUUGCUUCUUUUACAUUUUUUUCAUCAAAUGUUAUGUUGAACUAUUAGCAGACUGUCUGCGUUUGUGUCUUGCGGAUGACAGUGCCUUUUGUACGUAUUAUAUUGCACAAUGGACAAAUCAUAGAUGAUUUAAUGAUUAUAAGAAUACAUAAUGUGGAUAAUUGUAGUGCAACUAACUUUAUGCUUUUUGCAAAUGUAAACUCUGUUAUAGCCGAUUAUUUUGCUGUUUUUGUUGUAUUUUGUUUUUAUUAAAUAUCAGAAC